AUGGAAUUUCCAGACUUGGAAAAGCACUGUUCUGAAGAAUCUUGCGAGCAACUAGAUUAUUUUCCAUUAGAAUGUGAUGGAUGUAACAAAGCCUUUUGUAAAGAUCACCAUAAAUCCAGUCGCCAUAAAUGUAGUGAUGCCUAUAAAAAGGAUGUUCAGGUCCCAGUGUGCCCACUUUGUCGGGCCCCUGUUCCAGUAGGAAGAGGAAAAAUUGCAGAUAUUGUGGUCGGAAAACAUAUGGAUGGUGAUUGUAAAUAUAACCCAGCUAAGGAAAAACCAAAAAUUUUCAUACACCGGUGCUCAAAGGAGGGAUGUAAAAAGAAAGAAAUGUUCAAGUUGGUGUGUGAACAGUGUCAAGACAACUUCUGUAUUAAACACAGACAUCCUUUGGCUCAUAACUGCAAACAUAGGGAUCAUCCUAUCUCCAAAGCAGGGUGUGCAGCUAUAAUGAGAGCUUCUGAAUCGAAGUCAUCUGGAGCUUCAAACAAAUUGUCUUCCAGUUGGCUAGCUCAGCAAUUAAGAGGGAAACAAAAGUGUUGAUGGUAAUUUGACAUUCCUAUCUUUGACCUGGCAAUGAUUCUACACAUUGUAAUAUAAUUUACAGUAAUGUGAGAUUUCCUACAAAACCUGUUAUUUACCUUUUGUUAACUUAUCUGAUAUUUUCUUAUAUUUCUCAGGGGGGUAAUUGUAAAAUGUAAUUAAAAUUGUUUCAAACCAGUCUUAUUUUGGACGUAAUGGUUUCAUCACCUCCAUUAGGAACAAA